AUGGCAAAAAAAAUAUUAGAUCCAAUCUUUAGAUUAUACGAUCCGAUUCGUUAUUCAUUUAACAAGAAAAAAGAGGAUUAUAUUAUCAUCUCACCGACUGUUGGUUCUAAAUCCCAAUUGAAUGAUGUUGGUAGAAUUACCUUCGAAAUAAAUUCAUUAUCGAAUUGGUUGGUUCUUUCCGAUGCUUAUUUCAGAUGUGAUUUCAAAAUUAAAGAAGGAACUCAAAAUCAAGUUCCACAAACUAAUACUACGUUAGAAAACAAUUUCUUUCCAUCUUUAUUUAGCGAGAUGGUUUUGGAAGCUGGUUCAAAUUCGAUGGAAACAAUUAAACAUCCUGGGGAAUUCGACACAAUGUUGACAACAGUUUUAUAUCCUAUAGAUUUCGAUUCAGUCUCAGGUUGGAUACCCGAUGUUGGCGAUGGAAGUGUUUUAAAAGAACCGGUAAGAAAUCUUGCAAAUGAUGCUGAUUUAGCUAGAGUGAGAAUUGUUGCUCGAAACACAAUAGAAAGAGUAGCACGAGCAGCUAAUCAUGGAUUCGAAAAACGAGUACUUCAGUACAAUAAUAUUGUUGAGAAUAAUAGGUGGGGUAAUUACGUAAAUUGGAAAUUAUAUCCUUUAUUCGGUCUGUUGGAACACAGAAAGGUUUCCAUAGGGUUACCAUAUAAAAUUCAUCUACAAAGAGAAAUCAACGAUGAUAAGAUAUUUUUUGGAGAGAAUAGUUCAGAUGCAAAAUUAGAAAUAACGAAUCUCCAACUUUUCAUACACCAUCAAUUGAACAUAACUAAAAAACUUAUUGAUAAAUACAAAUAUUGUAAAGUCAGAGACGAUAUAGAUUUAGAAAGAAUUGACGCGAACGCAAAAGAAGGUGGAUUUUUACCUUUCCUUCUACCUUUAAUAUUUGGUGGUAUUGCAGCGGCGGGUGCAGCUACUGGAGGAAUAUCUGCCGCAGUCAAAGCUGCCAACACAAAGAAAUCAGAGGAUGCUAAAGCUGCUGAAGAACGUAGACAUAAAUUAAUAAUGGAAAAGGAAGCAAAAGGUUCAGGAGUGGGAGAUAUGAUAAGCACAAUAAAAGAAUUUGGAAAAAGAUUUGGGGAAGAAACCAAGAAAACUGUUAAACAAGGAUUAAAUAAAUUAGUAGAGAGUAUUGACACAGGAGAAGUCAAAGUCAAACAUAAGGGUAAUGGAAUAUUUUUAAAAAAUAUACACACUGGAGAAGGAAUAUUUCUUUCAAAGUAUAAAGGAGGAGUGGUUUUUGGAAUAAAAUAA